AUUAUUCCGUUUCUAUUACGCAACUAGUAAUCGUCUGGAGCUGUGUAUAUUAGUUUCGGUAGCAGUAGGAGCUUCUGUUGCGAGUUCCACGGAUAAUUCCACGCAGACAUCCGAGGGAAUCGUGGAUUCUCGCGUAACUCGAGUGCAAUGCAAACAAUGCAAGUUUGAGUACGACUGACCGAUGGAUGGUGUAUUCAAUUCUAGUUUCGCGGAUGUUCGACUAAAUUUGAUUUGGUAGUUCGUAACACGUGAUAGUGUAAUGUCGUCAGUCUCGAAAAUUCUGUCAGCUGGUCAACGAAUUGGCCAUCGUUCAUCUUGAACAACGAAGAGAUUUGUCAAUGGACGAUCCAGUUGUCAUUCACAAGUACAACGACGAAUACAGUGAUAUUUCUGGUUUUAGUAUGCGUAAUAUCACAUUAAGAAACGUUUAUACGUCUUAAACUAUUCCACGCGGGAAUAAAAAGGAAACUCGCGAAGUCAACGAAGUGCUAGAAAAAGAAGGGAAUAUAACUCAGGGAAACGAAUGUAUGUCCAAAUGGUCUCCAAAUCGGUACGAGGAAACCUAUAAAGACAGGUGACCGAGCAUCUAUCGAGUGGUCCUGCCAUUGAUUAGAAAUGUUGCAACAGGAAGCCUCGAUUUCUCGCCUGGGCAAACAUUUUGCAACUGAUUUUUGCGAAGCUUUUACGUCAUACCGCGACAUCGACUCCAGCCCGUGUCUGGCAGUGACGAAAACUGGAGUCAUAACGUCGCCAUUAAAAAAACAAUCAUUCGCGGGAGCAGCUACUAGGCGGUUUUGUCUCUCGCUCUAUCGUGAUCACCGACGAGGUGUGACAAGCAAAUUAAUGCUUUAACGAGACCGUUCUUUUGCGAGCCACAUCGUUCCUAUAAAAUGAGAUUUUCGCUGAUCGAGCAAACAGUCCAUCGACGGUCCUCCGAGGGAACAAAUAUGGCGCUUGUAGAGAGACUGAUCCUUGUUGCAUUGCUUUCGAUCGUGGUCACUGAUGCUUAUCCAAAAGCACUUGGAGGUGGACACGCGCAUUCCUUUCACCAUUUCACCGGACCAGUAGAAGGUCAUCACGAAGAGGUCAGCUGGAAGGACAAGCACGGCCACGUUCACCACGAUUACAAGGCUCACCCCAAGUACAAGUACUCCUACGGCGUGGAUGAUAAACACACGAAGGACUAUCAUGGACAGCAUGAGCAUCGCGACGGUAAAGAAGUCGAGGGAGAGUACCACCUUCACGAACCAGGCGGCAACAUAAGAGUAGUGAAGUAUCAUUCGGAUCCUCAUGGCGGGUUCUUCGCCGAGGUCCACAACCAUGGAGGAAACGAUCACUCUGGUGGCACUUACGGUGGUCACAAACACUAAUGAAGAAUACAACAAACACUAAUUUAGCAGCAACUCUUCUUUGUUUUUCUUGUUAUAUUUGUUAUUUCCCACUGGUCUUUCACGUCGAGCUUGUUACUUCGUGGAAUGUUGAGCAUAAAAUAAAUGAAAGGAGAAAUGAUACAUCA